CGUCUUCCCCACUAAUCCCACAGCCAUCCCCCCACCUUCCCCACAGGUUAUGCCGGUGCGAUGCUUCUUCACAGGCGACAACAUCAAAAAGCGACGGUGGCUGCUUUCUUUGUUAGUUAAGCGACAACAACAAGAAGAAAUAAGCGAGGAGAAAGGUGACGGGUUAGCUGCGGCAGGUGUUUGUGGCGAUGGCUGAGGCUUUUCACUUCUCAGUUCCCACAGCAGCGGUGGCAGCGUGGCUGAGACUUCUCACGGCGACGGCGACGAUGGCUGAGGCUUCUCACGGCGGCGAUGGCGGCGGGGGUGUCGGCUUUGAAAACCGUGGAUUUCAAAUCCGAAGUCAUCUGCGAUCCACGGAAUUUAUUUUUGUUUCAGCAGAAGGAUCAGAAGUCACUGUCGACCAUCCAUCUGCUCCACACCUUAUCCACACGCUCUCCACACUUUCCACGCUAAGUACCCCUCACUUUUCUCUGCUCCAAAUCCACGAGGAGGCCCCUUCAAGAAGCAAGCAAGAAUUCACCAAUCCCGCAAAGUUCUCAACUGGGCUCAGAGGGAUGGCAACGGCCUCCGCAACUUCAGCUCAGGCAGUGUUUACAUGCAGCACGGUUCGUAGCAGCUCUUCUAGGAGCACCACCACAAAGGUGAACUACAUUAGUGGCAUCAAUUCUUUCGGAGGGCUGAAAGCCCAGAAUCAGAUCAGCUGCCUAGGCCUUCCUUUGUGCACUGAGAAAGCAUUCACCAAAGUGAUGAAUUCAACCAGGGCCCGCUCCCAACGCACAGGUAGAGGUGGUGGAGCUCUUUCCUCCACCUGCAACGCUGUGGGUGAAAUCUUCAGGAUUGCUGCCAUCAUGAACGGCCUCGUCUUGAUCGGUGUGGCAGUCGGCUUCGUUCUUCUUCGAGUAGAAGCAUCACUUGAAGAAGAGUAGCAACACCCAAAAAGAAAGGAAAUAUUAUUACUUUUGAAGUCGUGCUCAUCCAUUGCCAGUUUGGUUAUUUGACCAUUAAUAGCUUUUCUCUAUUUAUUGUCGUGCAAGCAUAUUGUUCUUUACAGAAUUGAAAUUUGUUCAACAUAGCCAUGAGAAACCGAAUGCGCCUUUUCUGCAA